AUGACUGUACAAACUGAUUUUUCUGUUUUGAGUUGGAAUGUUCGCGGUGCGGCGAAUGCGGUAACUAAGCGUCACAUGAGAGAGAUGGUGAUGAAGCAUAAACCAGAGAUUUGUUUUAUUCUUGAGACCCAUGUCCAGUUUAGUAGGCUGGAAAAUUUUUGGUUAAAGCAAGGUUACAGUGUUGUGGGAGUGGAGGAAGCCCAGGGGCAAGCAGGAGGAAUUUGGGCUCUUGCUCGUAAUGAUGUUAGAGGGAAUGUUUCAGUGGUUGCGUCCCAUCGUCAGAUUAUUACUCUUAACAUUACCUCUGGUCCACUCCUUUGGAAGUGCUCUGGUGUGUAUGCCAGCCCAAUUCCAGGUAAUAGGCGCUUUAUGUGGGAUCAUAUGCGAGCCUUGGCUGGGAGUUUCUCAGAACCUUGGGUUAUCCUGGGAGAUUUUAAUGAUAUAGCUCUUUCCACUGAGCAACGAGGGGGAUUGUUCUCUCCCUCGCGUGCCCGCACUUUUGUGGAUAAUAUGAAUAGCUGUGGUUUGCUGGAUCUUGGUUCCACAGGGUUGCAGUUCACCUGGUUUAGAAAUAGUGUUGGAAGACCCCCUGUUCAGAAGAGACUCGAUCGAGCUCUUGCAUCCCUCUCUUGGCGCACGAGUUUCCCGGAAGGUGGGGUCGAGGUCCUAUCCAGGAGGAAAAGGCAUAUGGAAAACUGUAUCGCCUCUAUCCAGCAACGUCUUGAGCAUGUAGAUUCUGUGGCUCUCCACCUUCAGCAUGAGAAGCUAAGGAAGGAGCUUAGUGAUAUCUUAGCGCAGGAAGAGAUGCUUUGGUUCCAGAAAUCCAGGGAGAAAUGGGUAAAAUUUGGUGACAGGAAUACCAAAUUUUUUCAUGCUCAAACCGUCAUUAGAAGGAAGCGGAAUCGCAUUACGAGGUUGGUGAUGGCAGAUGGGAAUAGGUGUGAGGAUGAUGAUACUCUCAAGGCAGGUGCUGUUGCAUUUUUUAAAAAUCUUUUUGCAGAAACCGUGGAGAUUGAUACCACUUGUCUGCCCACGCCUAAUCUUCCGGUCCUCUCAGAGGGGCACUUCCCUUCUCUUAUUUGUGAGGUAACUAGAGAUGAGGUGUUGUCUGCUCUCCAACAGAUGGGAUCUUAUAAAGCGCCAGGUCCAGAUGGUUUUCCUGCCGCUUUUUACAAGAAGUAUUGGGAUGUUGUUGGGGAGGAUGUAUUUUUAUACAUUAAAAAUGUUUUUGAAACUCAACAGGUGGAUAGAGCUUUGGGGGAGACCAUGGUAGUGCUGAUCCCGAAGGUGGAUUGUCCUAUCUCUUAUAAGGACUUCAGGCCUAUCAGCUUGUGCAAUGUCCUUUACAAAUUAAUUACCAAAAUCCUUGUUAAUCGCAUAAGACCUGUAUUGAGUGAUAUUGUGAGCCCCAUGCAGAGUAGUUUCAUUCCUAGGAGAUGUACGAGUGAUAAUGCUAUUGCUCUUCAAGAAAUUGUCUAUCACCAGAGAAAGGUGAGAAAGAAAGGAGGUAACUUGGUUUUCAAGCUUGAUCUUGAGAAGGCCUAUGAUCGGGUUGAUUGGCGUUUCUCGAGGGAAACAUUGGUGGCCUUUGGGUUCCCUCUCUCUGUUGUUACUCUAAUUAUGAACUGUGUGACGGCAUCCCACCUUUCGAUUUUGUGGAAUGGGGAAAGGAUUUCCCCAUUUGCAGCUAAGAGAGGGCUUAGGCAGGGUGAUCCGCUGUCUCCCUAUUUGUUUGUCCUGUGCAUGGAGCGGUUGAGCUCGGCUAUCUCCACAGCAGUGCUAGAGGGUAGAUGGGACCCCGUUUGUACGGUGCGUAAUGGUCCAGGGUUGUCCCACCUCUUCUUUGCCGACGACGUCCUCUUGUUUGUCAAAGCUAGGAAUAAUCAGGUGCGUUUGUUAAAAGAGCUUUUGGAUUCUUUCUGUACAGCUUCGGGUCUAAAGGUGAGUGAGGCUAAGUCCAAAAUUCUGGGUUGCAAUGGGCUUACGAAUCAGAAGAAAGCUAGGAUUGCUGGGAUUGCAGGCUUCCAAUUCACGGCAGAUAUUGGUAAAUACCUGGGGUUCCCUAUUUUCCAACGUCGUGUGACUGCUAGGGAUUUUGAUUAUAUCUUCGAUAGGAUUAAUUCCAGGUUGGCUGACUGGAAGUGCAAGCUGCUUAAUAGGGCAGGGCGAUUUACUCUUGCUCAAUCUGUUAUUUCCGCCAUGCCGGCGUACUGCAUGAGUCAGGUGUGGCUGCCGCAGGGUGUGUGUGAUAGAUUGGAUUCGGUGAUCAAGAAUUUUAUUUGGAAAGACAGGCAUGGGCGUGGGCUGCACUUAGUUAGUUGGGACCGGGUUGCCAGACCGAAACGUAUGGGAGGUUUGGGCUUGAGGAAGGCUAGAGAUCAUAAUGUUGCAUUAUUGGGGAAGCAUGUUUGGCAGAUGGUCUCUCUUCAGGAGAAGCCGUGGGUGACUAUUCUUCAAGCUAAUUAUUUUCCGAAUGGUUCUUUUCUUGCUGCUCAGGACAGUGUUGGCUCUCCGGUUUGGAAAGCGUUUCUUAAGGCGCGGAAUGUGUUGCUUCAUGGGUUCGAGUUCAAGGUUGGGAAUGGGGCGUCGUCGUUUUGGUAUGAGCCUUGGUGUACAACGCUUCCUCUGUGCCAGGAAGUCCCAUACGUCGAUAUUCAUGAUUCCGAGCUCCGUGUGCGAGAUGUUUGGGAGAAUGGGGCCUGGCGUUUGGAGCGGUUGUGGACCAUGAUCCCGGAGUCGAUUGCUGAUUGUAUCAAGAAUUUAACAGUGCGCCUUAAUUCUCAUGUUGGGGAUGGGGUUCGUUGGAAGAGCCAUAUUUCAGGGAUCUACUCUACUGCAUCGGGGUACUACUGGAUUAUGCAACAGACUAGGGAAGAAGACGCUGGGAUGGCUCUUGUUGAGGAUUCUUGGAACUGGAUUUGGCGGCUGAAAGCUCCUUUCAAGUGCAUCAUGUUUGUUUGGUUGGCUUCCCAGGAGGCUCUUCCAACUAAUGAUUGCAGGCACAGGAGAGGAAUGGCUUUAAGUGUGGAGUGUGUGAUUUGUAAUGCCAGUGUGGAGUCCUCUCUCCAUUGUCUUCGAGAUUGCAUUCAGGCGAAGGGAAUUUGGAAUGCCAUGGGUUUUGACACUCAGGGUGCCAUGUUUGGGAGUGGUGAUGUGAAAGGGUGGCUCCGGCAGUUGUUGAAGGAGGAUAAUCCCGUUGUCAUGGCGACUUUGUGGUGGGUUUGGAGGGCUCGGAAUGUUAGGUGCUUUGAAGGGACGGUAAUUCCGUCGCAGGUCUUGGGGACUAACGUGGCUGCUAUGGUACACGACAUUAAGCGUGCCUUUGAUGCUCCUACGGAUUCAACCAGGUCGUCGACGAGGAUGGUUCAAUGGACAGUAGAAUUGCCAAAUUGUGUGGUUUUGAACGUGGAUGGCAGCGUUCGUGGGACUCCACAGCGUGGUGGUUUUGGAGGUUGCCUUCGCUGUAGUGACGGUAUGUGGAUUGGGGGUUUCUAUGGGUUUUUUAAUGACAGCUGCAUUCUGCAGUUAGAGCUUCUUGGGUUAUUCCAUGGUCUUUCUCUAGCUUGGAAUGGGGGAUAUCGUCGAGUGGAGUGUCAAUCGGACUCCCAACUGGCUGUGAAGCUUAUCAACUCGGUGCCUCCUUCGGGUCAUCUCUAUGCAUCAUUGGUAUGGGAUAUUAAAGACCUCUUGAGUAGAGAUUGGGUUGUCAACUUUCGGCAUACGCUGCGAGAGGGUAAUGCUUGUGCGGAUCUAUUGGCUAAGCAUGGGGCGGAGCAAGAUCAGGAUCUAGUUCUGUGUGAGUUCCCGCUGGCGGGUUUAGGUGCUCUUUUACAAGCUGAUGCGUGGGGUGUCUCCUAUGUGAGACCGUAG